AUGAUUGUUAUGUUAUCCAUCUCUCUCCCUCUCCCCCAGUAUGUGAACCCAGCAUUUGAGUGUAUGAUGGGCUACCACAAGGGAGAGUUGAUAGGAAAAGAGCUGACAGAUCUCCCCAAGAGUGAUAAGAACCGAGCAGAUCUUCUAGACACCAUCAACACCUGUAUCAAGAAAGGAAAGGUGAGAGAGCAUUAGACACUAAAGGACCUCAGGACCUCAUUGAAGAACAUUCAUCUAUAUUCAUCUAGAUUUUUUUUCCAGUGUUUUCAAUUCAGUUGUCUGAUUGUAAUUCUCUAGGAGUGUUAUGGUGUUUGACUAUAGUUUUCUCUAUGUCUAGGAGUGGCAGGGGAUUUACUACGCCAGGAGGAAGUCAGGUGACAGCAUACAACAGCAUGUCAAGAUCACGCCUGUGAUUGGCCAGGGAGGGUAA